AUGACCUGCAAGGAGUUCAAGGCCAAGACCGCGGUCGAACGGAAAACAUUCGUGGAGACCAACCGACUGUGCUUCAACUGCCUGGGCAAUCACUUUUUGUCACGGUGUCAAUCGAAGAAGAAUUGCCUCACUUGCAACGCACGACACCACACCAUGCUGCACGGGGCAUCCACGUCACCACCGUCCGCUGAGGCCACUUCACUUGCCACCACACUGGCCACCUCACGGCAGUGUGAGAGUCACAAGGCCGUCCUUCUUGCAACUGCCCGCGUCAAGGUCGCGGACCGCUACGGACCACACGAGGUUCGAGUCUUGAUCGACCAGUGCUCCGAGGUGUCCAUCAUCUCUGAAGCGCUGGCUCAACGUCUUCGUCUUCCUCGAGCUUCGACGAAUCUGUCCAUCUUUGGCAUCGGAGGGACUCGCUCUGGAUCGGCUCGUGGCAAAGUCACCCUGGACAUCACAUCCGACGUGACCAACGCCGAGCUUCGCGUGGUCGCCUUUGUGUUGCCUCGCAUCUCACUACAACAAGGCACCGCUCAACGCGAGAAUUGCAGCUGGCCUCACAUCCAGGGACUCCGGUUGGCCGACCCGCGGUACCUGGAUGACGACCCUGCGGAGCUACUUCUUGGUGCAGAGGUCUACUCGUUGAUCCUUGAGGAAGGCCUUCGCAAGGGCGACUCACGCAUGCCGAUCGCCCAGCAGACCAGCUUGGGAUGGAUCCUGUCCGGAGGCUACGACUCAGCAGUCACCGACGGACAUCGCCGCACGUUUCAGUGCACCGCCGACAACGACCUCGCUGACCUGGUGCAACGAUUCUGGGAGCAGGAACGCGAGCCAGCAGCUGGGAUCGUGCUCACCGCCGACGAAGCCAGAUGCGAGGACAUCUAUGUGCGCACAGUCACACGCACGUCCAGUGGAAGAUACGUGGUGAGGCUGCCAUUUGCCUCACCGCCGACAUCACUCAGCGAAACUCGUCGACCUGCAGAGCGCCUCCUGGAAGCAAUGGAGCGGAAGGGAGCCCGUGAUGCUCGGUUCGGUGAUCUCUAUCGAGACUUCAUGGACGAAUACGAAGACCUGCAACACAUGGAGAAAGUUAGUACGUCUACUACAGCACUCGCUGACGUCUUACUCCGUUGGCGUUGGCAUCGGUACGUUUUCGUCACGGACAUCGAGAAAAUGUACCGACAAAUUCUUGUGCAUCCGGAGGAUUGUCGCCUGCAAACCAUCCUGUGGCGCCACAACAACUCAGACAACAUCCGCGAGUACGAGUUGAAGACCGUGACCUACGGACUGGCGUGCGCACCCUUCCUCGCCAUCAGGACGCUUCACCAACUUGCUGCAGACGAAGAGGCACGAUAUCCACGCGGAGUCAGGGCGCUGCGACAAGACUGUUACGUCGACGACGUGGUCACCGGUGCUGACAGCCUGGCGGAUGCCAUCAAACUCCAACAGGAACUACAGAGUCUCUGCAUGGCGGGCGGAUUUCCUUUGCGAAAGUGGGCUGCCAACAAUCAACAGGUGCUCACCGGAAUUCCGCCGGAACAUCGGCUUCAACGCGGACCGCGCUCGUGGGAAGGAGAGAGCCACGCUACCCUGGGUCUUCGAUGGCAUCCUCAAGGGGAUUGGUUCUCCUUCACCAUACGUCCGCGUUCAACCACCGACCUCACGAAGAGACGAGUCUUGGCUGAGACAGCUCGACUAUUCGAUCCGAUGGACUGGCUAGCGCCUGUCGUCAUCCGAGCCAAAAUUCUGAUCCAGUCUACGUGGCUUCAACGGCUGGAUUGGGACUCUCCGCUGCCUGAUCAGGACGCACACCGCUGGAGACAACUGUUGAAUCAACUUCCGUUGCUGGAUCACAUCCGUGUGGAUCGUUGGCUCAGCACCAGAGAUGACCAGUCGCAAUUGCAGCUCCAUGGGUUUGCCGAUGCAUCGGAGCGAGGAUACGCCGCCGUCGUGUACAUCCGCAACGCUGCAACAGAGAAGACAUCAAUUAAUCUGCUGAUGGCAAAAUCGAAGGUCGCACCAGUCAAGCAGGUGUCGUUACCUCGAUUGGAACUUUGUGCCACUGCAUUACUCACCACGCUCAUGCUGCAUGUACGCACUACCCUCGGCUUGGCUGCUACGCCGGUGCACCUGUGGUCUGAUUCUAAGGUCACCCUUCACUGGAUUCGCGGACACUGCACCCGCUGGAAGACUUUUGUUGCCAACCGAGUGUCGCAGAUCCAGACCCUGCUUCCAGACGCUCAUUGGAGACACGUCGCUGGACGAGAAAACCCUGCAGAUUGUGCAUCGCGUGGUGUUACACCUGAGGACUUACGCAAUCAUAAACUGUGGUGGACAGGACCUACCUGGCUGUCAGGAGACGAGGCUGCCUGGCCUGGUGCAAACAUCGACGUCCCAGAGGAUGACCUCCCUGAGCAACGAGUCACCAGCCUGGUAGUCAAGGCGCCAGUCACUACCGAACCGGACCUUCUUCUGCGGUUCCCGACGCUGCAACGGCUGCUGCGAGUCACUGCGUGGUGUCGUCGAUGGCUCAACCCGGUGAGACGUGACGCCAGACCUGGCCGUCCAUUGCAGCCUGACGAGCUGGACUCCGCGCUGUUUCGAUGGCUGCGAGUGGUGCAGGCGCUCCACUUUCCGACGGACGUAGCCGCGGCCUCUGCUGGACGCACUACUCCACCGCAAAGCCACCUGGUGAAGUUGAGUCCGUUCCUCGACGAUCAAGGCGUACUGCGCGUCGGAGGACGUCUCAAAAACUCUCAACUUCCGCUCGACGAGAAACAUCCGAUGAUCAUCCCGGCGGCAUCCUGGCUGACUCGGCUGGUGAUCGAUUCCUGCCAUCGACGGACACUGCACGGGGGUGUGCAGCCGACACUCGGCCUGCUCCGCCUGCGCUUCUGGGUACCUCGAGGAAGAACCGCCGUCAAGCAGCAGCUACAUCGAUGCGUUACCUGCACUCGAUGGCGUGCUGCCACGCCACAGCCUCAGAUGGGUAACCUUCCUCGGGACCGAGUAACGCCAACCCGACCGUUCCUCAGCACCGGCGUGGAUUACGCAGGACCCAUCCUCCUUCGGACCAGCAAGGGACGUGGACACCGCGCGCACAAAGGGUACAUCGCAGUCUUUGUCUGUUUCUGGUCGAAGGCCACUCACUUGGAAGUCGUCUCCGACUACACCUCCGAGGCUUUCAUCGCCGCUCUGCGCCGCUUCGUCUCCCGCAGGGGCCUCUGUGCUGAGAUCUACAGCGACUGCGCGACAGCCGAAGGUCAUCGUAUCGUCCUCGCCGCCACCGCUCAAGGAAUCCGCUGGCACUUCAACCCGCCAGCGGCCCCGCACUUUGGUGGUCUUUGGAAGGCUGCAGUGAAGUCGACCAAGUUCCACCUCCGUCGGGUGAUCGGCGAGACGACCCUCACGUUCGAGAAGCUGAGCACACUCCUCGCCCAGAUCGAAGCUUGUCUUAAUUCUCGUCCAUUGCAGGCACUCUCAGAUGACCCAGAGGACGUCUCGGCGUUGACUCCCGGUCACUUCCUCGUCGGGGCGCCGCUACUCGCUGUGCCGGAACCGUCAUUGACAGGGCAGACGGUAUCCACCUUGUCACGCUGGCGUCAUUUGCAGCAGAUGAGAGAUCACUUCUGGCAGCGAUGGUCGUCCGAAUAUUUGCACGGACUAGCCUCGCGCACCAAAUGGCUCAAGGACGAAGCUGCACCCCACGUCGGCGAUCUCUGUCUCGUGCGCUCCGAGCUCACCCCACCGAGCCGAUGGCCACUGGCUCGCAUAUCGCGACUGCACCCCGGGGACGAUGGGAUUGUACGCGUGGUGUCAAUCCGAACGGCCACGUCCGAGCUUGUGCGCCCACUCGUCAAGCUUGUUUUCCUUCCGGGCGUGAACGACGCACCUACACCGCACGCUGACACUUCGUAA